GUUCACCUUCUCCUUCCUACCCUUCUUCUUCAUCUACCUUCUCCCUAAGUUACACACUCUCCAUUUACCCCCAAUUUCUAGGGUUUCCCUCUUCCAUUCCCCUCCUUCUAAUUCUUUCUCCAUUUUUCCAGUUCCCUAUAAUCCGUCCUACUUCACCAUGUCAAGUUUGGAGGAACCACUUGGUCUUGACAAGUUGCCAAGCAUGAGUACCAUUGAUAGGAUUCAGAGGUUCUCGUCCAGUGCUUGUCGCCCCAGAGUAGAUAACUUGGGCAUGGGAAACUGCUGGCUUGAAGGACAAAGUUGUAGCACAUCUAACAGCUGCAAUGAAGAUGAUGAAGAGUGUACAGCAGAGACAUUCCCAUGGAAAAGACAAACAAGAAACUUGUCCCAACAUGACUCCUUCAGUCAAAACACUAUGAAGAAAGGGAGGAACUCAAUGAAAUUUGGAAUGAUUGAUGACUCAUUCUCCGAUUGCCAGUAUAGUAGUCUAAAGUGCAAUAACAAAGAUAUGGAAGAUUCUACAUAUAAAUUUCUGAAAGGUAUACCAAGGUUUGUGAAGAUUGUAGAAGUUGGUCCAAGGGAUGGAUUACAAAAUGAGAAGAACAUUGUACCUACAGCUGUAAAGAUUGAAUUGAUUCAUAGACUUGCUACUUCUGGGUUAUCUGUUAUUGAGGCUACAAGUUUUGUAUCUCCCAAAUGGGUCCCACAGUUAGCUGAUGCAAAGGAAGUAAUGCAAGCAGUUCAUAACUUGGGAGGAAUCAGAUUGCCAGUUCUGACCCCUAAUUUAAAGGGUUUUGAAGCUGCUAUAGCAGCAGGUGCUAGAGAGGUGGCUGUUUUUGCAUCAGCUUCUGAAUCAUUUUCCAAAUCAAACAUUAAUUGUAGUGUUGAAGAGAGUCUUGCUCGUUAUCGAGCUGUUACUCGUGCUGCUAAAGAACUCUUAAUUCCUGUUCGAGGGUAUGUAUCAUGUGUUGUUGGAUGCCCAGUGGAAGGACCAAUUCCUCCCUCAAAGGUGGCAUAUGUUGCUAAAGAACUAUAUGAUAUGGGUUGCUUUGAAAUCUCCCUUGGUGACACAAUUGGAGUUGGAACACCUGGAACUAUAGUUCCUAUGCUUUUGGCUGUAAUGGCUGUUGUUCCAGUAGAGAAGCUUGCUGUCCACUUCCAUGACACUUACGGGCAAUCCCUUUCAAAUAUUCUUGUAUCCCUCCAAAUGGGGAUUAGUACAGUGGAUUCCUCUGUUGCGGGUCUUGGUGGGUGUCCAUAUGCUAAGGGAGCUUCAGGAAAUGUAGCUACUGAAGAUGUUGUGUACAUGCUGAAUGGGAUUGGUGUGAAAACCAACAUUGAUCUUGGAAAGCUCAUGUUGGCUGGGGAAUUCAUCAGCAACCAUUUGGGGCGACCCUCCAGUUCAAAGACUGCCAUUGCCUUGAGCCAAGUCACAACUCACAACUGAUGCUUCUAAUAUAUAUAUAUAUAUAUAUAUAUAUAUAUAUAUAUAAAUAAUAGUAUAAGGUGUACCAUAACAAUUUACAUUCAUAUGAUAUGCUUCAAGCAGUGACAUA